AUGUUAAAUGCGAAAAUAAAAACAAUAAUGAAAAUGGUUGUCGACAUGGAGCUCGAAGAUGCGAAAAAAAAUGUUUUAAAACUUAUGGAAGAAAAAGAUUCUAUUGAAAGUAAGCUACAGGAAUCGAGGAUUAUUUUAGAAAAUAAUCAUGUGGGGAUGAACGAACCUCUGGUAGAUGCCGAAGAUUUUCCUCGAGCUGAUAUUGACGUUUAUCAAGUGCGACAAGCCCGAAGCAGGAUUAUAUGUCUUCAGAACGACUACAAGACUUUGAUGAAAAGAAUUGAAGCUGGAUUACUCAAAGUACACUCACUAGCAGGCAAAAGUGGCGACGAACCAGCUACUAGCCGAGUAACAGCAUCAGAAAAUAUCCCAGAAGAUGAUGAAGUUCCAGGGGAACCAUUCCUUCGAGUUAAUUUGGUGUCUUCUGGCUCUCCUGCUGAAUCAGCGGGCAUCCAAUUAAACGAUCUUGUCAUAGAAUUUGGAUCAGUAAAUGUUCAGAACUUCAGAACUUUGAAAGACAUCGGAGAUCUUGUGGAACAAAGUCGCUAUAAGGAGAUUAUAGUGAAGGUUAAGCGCGUGGACAUGAAAGUAGCCGUUCUGACACUGACACCUCGACCCUGGGCUGGCAAAGGCUUGCUGGGAUGUAAUGUCAUACCUUUACUAGGAGGAGUUCUUCUGCUAGGAGCUGAUUGUCAAGAUUUUAAAGAUCCUAGAACUAUUAAACCAUGGACAUUGGUUUAUACUGUACAGCCUUACUAUCAAUCUGAAGCUCUAGUCAAUCUUUGGAAAUCUGAGAAAAAUGUUAAAAUACCUGGUGAAUUUUUUGCAUGGCCUUCCAUGAGUAACCAAGUUCUAGAUAAACCUAGUGUCAAUGAUACUGUCACUAGUAAUCAAAUAAACAAUUCAAAUCAACAUCAGCACCAUCAAUACGAUUCAAUUCAACCUUCUCAGCAUCCUGAAAAAAAAAAUAUUAAAUCCAAGAUGUCAACGAUAACAAGGACACUGAAAAAAGCAAUAAAACCGGUUCAUUUGUCAAGAUUGAAUUUCUUCACAUCAGCUUUUAGAUUAGAAGGCUCUGAAAGACUACAGAGUAAUCCAGAAAUUGACAAACGAAAGGCGUUCAGUGAAGAAGAGGAGUUAUUGAUAGUUAGAACUAUCAACAGUUGCUCAGAAACAGAUUUCGAGAGGUAUGAUAUAAAAAAAGCCCAGUUAAAGAAGCUUAUAGAUUACAAAGAGAGGAAUGGAAAAUUUGAGACCUUCAGUGAUGUUCUUGUCACCCAAGAUGUGCCUUCGUUGAUAAAACUUUGUAAGUCUAUAUUGGGUGGAAGAAAACCAAAAAUUACUAUCAAAACUAAACCCGUAAGAGCCAUAACUGUGCCUGCAGUUGAUAGUGCUACAAAAGAGAGUAUAAAAUCUGUAGUCGGCUUACACAUUUGGGGCAAUACUAUAAGCUGGGCGCAGCUCCAAAAGAAUAAUUUGACUCAAUGGGAACAACGGAACAUUGAAAAUCCAUCAAAAUUGAAUUUAGUUUCUUUAAUUAAUACAGUUAGUAGUAUAACCGAGCAAAUACCUGACGCAGAUGCUUACGUUAUGGAAACUGAUCCUUAUACAUCUAUGAGUAAAUUAAAAAGUACUGCUUAUGCAUUUUAUGUUCAACGACAACAAGUUAUUUCUACUGUUAUCAGCAUCUUGAGUAUGCGUCGACGAUUAAGUAAUAAUUAUAAUAGCAGCAGUACCGAGGACCAAAAAAUUAAUAAUUUUUUUAUGAUGGCUCCGCGAUCUUCGGCCAAACGAUUUAAUUUGACUGUUGGCAAUGAAAUAAUGCCCCCAGAAUCUAUUAUUAAAAAUGUUUUAGAAGGCAACUUACAUCACAAAAUAUCCCAUUUUCCAAAAAUUGCAGUUGACGCUGACGUGAUUUCCAACUAUAAGUCGUCCCACGGUAUAGAUCGUGAUCAGCUUCAUUCGGCCUUGCUAACUGCUCUGGCUUUUGUUGAUGUUGUUCAUCAAGAUGACACUGUAGUUGGAACUAAUAAAUGA